AUGGAAUAGUUCACAGAUGAUGAAGAAAUACAAUUGAUACCAAUUAAAAAGAAACCGAAAACAUAGGAAAUAAACAAAAAAAAUAUAAAUAUAUAAAGAUAAUAGAGUUUACAAAAACCCAUCAGCAAGUCUAAUCCUAAAAGGAUGGAUUUAAAAAUUUAAACAUCAUUGUUGGAUUCCCUUAAAUUUACAGAGAACAUUCAACCUGAUAUUAUAAAAUGUUGUUUGGAUAAUGAUUUUACUUUAUGGGAGCACUAAAAUUUUGUUUUUAAAUUGAGUCAAAAAUAUCUAAAUUAAAAAGUUGAACAAGAUUAGAAAAUAAUACAAUAUUUUAAUGAUUUUAAUUAGAAAUGGAAAAUAUAUCCCUAUUAACACUUUGUUGAUCUAAAACCUGAGACAGACCAUGUUAUUAAAAGAUAACCAUUAUUUGAUUAAAAAAAAAAAAAUAAAAAAAAUAAAAGAAAAAAUUAAAUAAAAGUAAUCCCUUUAUAUUAGAAUUAAAAAAUAGUAGAUAUAAGAAUAAAAUUAGAGUUUUAAUGA